GGAAAGAGAGAGAGAGCUGUGUUUUCAUUCUUUAUAACAGUGAGAAUUGGCCUGCCCAGAAGGAUGAGGGGAACCCAAGGGUGCUAAUCCCAGACCCAUACACUGCCCCACUUCUCCCCACACCUGCCCCAGGUCUCACUGUGCUCCUAUUCCCUCACCCCACCUCAGAAGCCCCUGGUUCCACCUGCUAUGCCAAGGCUAAUGCUUCAAUUAUUUAAAUAAAAGAAAGGGGCAGCUCUCAUCUCUCUCCCUUUUUCUGUUGUCACCAUCAUGAACACAGACUGUGUGCAGCCCAUCAAGUUGGCCCGGGUUACCAGGGUACUGGGCAGUACCCAGGUGCACAUGGAGUUCAUGGACAACAUGAGCCAGUCCAUCAUCUGCAACAUGAAAGGCCCCUUGUGGGAGAGGGACCUGCUUAACCUGCUGGAGUCAGAAUGCAAGGCCUGGAGGCUGUGGUGA